AUGUUGGAGGAACCUCUAUUGCAGGAUGGGCAGCUGUAUCCUCCACCAAUUAGUAGAAUUUUCACAUCUUCAUUCUAUAUUCCGUUCUUAUCAUAUAUUACUCUUUUUCUCUUAAUACAGUACUUUGUUCAGAAAUUCUUGUAUACGCAGUACACCGGAUUUAGGCAACUUAAAGAAUGUCGGCAGUAUCGUCUUCGUAACUUAACCGUUUGUUUAAUACACUCAAUGAUAAGUGGAAUUUGGGCAUUUUCUUUUGUAUUGUUUCAUCCAUAUGUAUUCUUUUUUGAAACUAUGCACUGGUACCAGUCGUGGGCAGCUCAAUUACCGUUACUUUCAAUGGGCUACUUCGUUUGUGAUACACUUGACAUGCUGCGACAUGAAAUUUCACGUUGGACAAUUGAGCUGUUGCUUCAUCAUACGGCUAGCCUUUUUGUUUUUGCCUGUUCAGUUUUACCUCAGAAGUUUUUGCCGUACGCGUACGGCGCAUUACUUAUGGAAGUAAACAGUAUAUUUUUGCAUAUACGUACGUUAAUGCAAAUCACUGGGAAGAACAAGACUGAAGAAAAGAAGUUCCAUGUUGUUCAAACUCUUAAUAUAACCACGUUCGUAGUAUUUCGUUUUGCUGUUCAAACUUGGCAGAUUACUUGGGCAUGGGUAUAUAGAUAUGACAUGCAUAUUUUUUACGUUUUUGUGGGUGUUGUAGGAGGAGGUUUCUUCUUGAUUGUUAAUACUAUUUUAUUUGUGCGAGUCUUAGCAUCGGAUGGUUAUCUUGGCGAAUAUGGUAGAAAGCACACCGCUAUAGAUAGGUAA